CUCCAAUUGCCAAACCCAGAUACACACACCGGACUGUGCUAGCCAUUCAUGGCCAGCCCUAGACAAGUCUCGGCCGAGCAGCACAGGAAAUUCAUAGUUACGGAAUACGAUCCAAAUCGAGACAGCACCCGCCAGGGGCUAGGCGUACUUGUUGCCAAUUGCAGAGGUCCGGACAAGCUUUUGAGGCUAGUUUUCAGUCGACAUGAUACAAGAAGUGAAUUUUGUCAUUGAAAUGUCGGCUUUGCACUGGCCGAGUGCAAUGUGCGUAUGGCAUGAUUCAGCCUAGUUCGUCCAGUCAGUUACCUUCGGGCGACGAUCUAUGCAUCUAUGGUUGCACCACACUUCACCACACUCCCUAAUUCUUAUUUUCUGCUUCUUGCUCCUCCCCCACACCGGAACGUCACCGGCCUCAUCAUUCAGAAGCUGCAAAAGAUUCACGCAACAUUGGCAUUUGAAGAUUUCCAGUUCCACUUCAUAUGUAAGCCGCAUUUGCCAGGGAAAACAUAGAGCCUCAUCUGUUUUGCUCUUUGUGCUACAAGAUCCAUCCCUCUUUUUUCUGUGCUGGAUGCGGAAAGAUGGGAAUUACCGAGCGAUGACUGUUGCAGCCAACAGACAGGCAAAAGAAAAAAGGCACAGGAUGAUGCAUACCACGCCCCCACCAGGGCGGAGUGUUGGACAACUUUCCCAUAUGCCCUUGGCCACAAGUAUGCUGCGACAUUUGAAUAUUGCAUCUUUAUUUUUGCUCCUUUCGCUUGAGAAACAAACAUGAGAAAAUUUGGUGCACUGUACCUCCACUCCAAUUCACUCCUUCCGCAUCGUGCAGUGUGCACCGUGCAUGGCAAACAGUCUCUUCAUCGGAGCAGGCGA